AUGGCUCUCCCAAUCAGUAGUCCCUCUCCACGACUGGAUCGCUUCCAGCAAGCCAUGGAAUCAGUGUACGGCAGCUUCAGCCUUAUAGAAGAACCUGGAAACUGGAACCCUCCUUUGAAAUCAGGGGGUCACCGCGGCCGAUACCUAUGGACUGAUGCAUUCGGCGUCAUAAACCUGUUGACUAUGCACCAUGAGUACUGUCGCGCGGGCGGAGCCAGCGUUUCCGACGAUCGAUACCUCCAGCUAGCUCGCCGGCUGAUUGAGACUGUCCAUGAUGUACUGGGUCGUACAAGAGAUGGGUUGUCACGAUUACCCGAAGCAACAGAGUCGAAUCCUCUCGGCGGGGGGUUGCGAAUUGGCAAGGCAAAUGAGCGUGGAUCUGAUUGUGAUGGGCAGUAUCAUCAUUAUCUAACUGUGUGGAUGUUUGCACUGAAUCGAAUGGCUAUGGCCUCCGGUGAUAUGGAAUACAACCGUCAAGCUGUGAAUCUGGCACGCGCAAUCCAUCCGAAGUUCUUCGUGGAUCGGUCAGUGCCAUACCCACGUAUGAUGUGGAAGAUGUCCAUGGAUCUAUCAUCACCACUGGUCUCCUCUGAGGGGAAUCUAGAUCCCAUUGAUGGCUUCGUUGUCUUCCGCAUACUCCAGGCCACAGCUGCAAAAGCAGGUGAUGGGGAAGUUUUAGCGCAGGAGAUCGAUGAUUACAAGCGAGUCAUGGAGCGAAAGGGAGAGCAUUUUGUUUCCAGUGAUACUUUGGACUUGGGCAUGACUUUGUGGACUGCGCAUUGGUUUUCUGAGAAAGAGAAGUGGGCCUCAAAUCUGGCGAACAGAUGCUUUGAGCAGAUGUAUAAUCUAUUCGAGAUCGACCAAUAUCUUACGCGUAACAUCAAGUAUCGCUUGGCCUUCAGGGAGUUCGGAACCUGUAUGGGAUGCUCCUGUCAGUCGCAGCAGACCACUGACAAGGAACGGGCUGUUGACCUCAAGACUUGGGCUGAUACAAUCAUCACCGCGUGGGAUCCAUACAUGGAACUCUCCAUAUCCGACAAUUCAACUCCAGAAGACCUGCGACCUAUCACUCGAGUGAUGUAUGCGUCGGCGUUGAAUCCAGGUGGGUAUCUAGGCCCUGAGCCUCAUGCACUGCAGACAUAA